AUGGGUCAUUCUAUAUCUCAACAAAAAAAAUCCAAUGAAGAUGACUUGAGAAAUUUAUCUGACAGUCAGAUAUCGUCGUGUGAACUUACCGAAUAUUGGAAUGGAAAAAAACAAGAUUUCCAUCAUAGUUACAUCGUCAAUAAAAAACCGUUGACGAUGGUGGCCCAGGCGACAGACUUUAGAUUGUCGACUUGGCUAGACAAAGGAGCGUUUGGAUCUGUCGCGUUGACAACUCACAAUCAAACCGGUGUGACUUACGCGACGAAAGUAAUUGCCAAAAAGAAAAUCAUCAAAAAAGAAUUAGUGAGUCUUGCCCGUCAAGCAGUUAAUUUUAAUUAAUUUAUCUAAAUUGUUUGUGUGAGAAACUUCCAAUUUGAAAAUGUACUAAGAGGAAAAAAAAAAAUUAUAACUUUCGGUUGGCAAAUAUUUUAUGAACCUUAUAUGAUUUCCUUCCUAGUGAUAAAUAAAUACGCAAUCCUAAUAGUAGAUUUUAGGUUUAAACUUAGGUUUAAUUAAUUUCCUUGGAGCAGUAUCCGAUUUGAAGGAUGAGUGCUAGGUAAGAAUUUUACAAUUAAAAUCUAAAUUGACAAAUAUAUUUAUUGAAUCAGGAUUAAGUCGUUAAAUCCAAUUUGAUGGAUUCGAUCCGUCAUCUGGAUAGAUGAAUUUAUCCGUCAGUCUAAAUAACACAAUCAUGAUCAAUAUAUAAAUCUGGUAUUCUGGAUCUGGACGAAUCAAGAGAUGAAAAAUUUAAAUAAUAUUAGCGAUAUUUUUAUAUUUUGAAUAAACUGUAUAAUAAACUUAAUGAUUUAUUUUUUUUAUAUGGAAACAAAUGAUUAAUAUUUAUUAUAUUUGUAUUUAUUUUCACUCUAUGAUAUUAAAAUUAGGCAUUAAUUGCCGCGUUACUUAUUAUAUAUAAUUUGUUUUUUAAUUUUAUAUUCAGUAAAUUAAAUCAUUAAUCCUGUUGAUUAAUCAUUAUCCCAAAUUAAUAAAAUAAUACGUUAAUCUAUAAAUUUGGAUUGAUACGGCAAUCCGGAUAGAUCAUUGUAAUUCGGAUUAUAUGAAUUGCAACGAUCUUUUCCAAUCCUUAUCAAUCUGGAUUAAGUGUUCAGGACUAGUUUGGAUCAACAAUUGUAAACGAUUUUUAAAACCUACUAAAACUUCUAAAACCAAAAUGGUUAUUUUAUGGCUUGGCCUACGUUGAGAUAAUAUGCGUCUGUAUAUACGCUCCUGGUUAUUAAAUAUUGUCAUCACUGUCGUUUUGAGGUUAUUAUAUGUGAGUCUUGGGGUCCAAUAAAAUCUAUCAUUGACAAAAUAUUGAUUAGGUAUUUUUUUUCUCAAAAAGGUGGAGCGAGUUUAUAAUGAGAAACGGAUCUUGGAAUCCAUUGAUUUUCCGUUCGUCAUUCGACUAGAGUAUUUCUACCAGGACAACGAUUUCAUUUAUUUUGUCAUGCCGUUUGCAUGUGGGGGCAAUUUUUACACUCACAUAGAGCGUCAUGGACCAAUGAACGAAGACGUGGCCCGAUUUUACACGGGCGAAAUCCUCUUGGCCCUAGAAUACCUACACCGGUUGAACUUAGUGCAUCGAGACAUUAAGUCAGAAAAUAUACUAUUCGAUAGCCAAGGACACGCUCAACUUGCUGAUUUCGGGUUUUGCAAACACAUCACAGGGCGUACGUACACAUUCUGUGGCACGCCUGAAUAUAUCGCGCCGGAAAUAAUUCUCAGACAAGGUAAUUAUGGGUAUACGGUUCAGAAUCCAUUUAAACGUCUUGUAAAUUUUCAUAAACGAACUAAAAAUUAAAUCUGCUGUACUCGCAUUUUUAUGAUUGUACUGCAGGUUACGGGAAAUCUGUCGACUAUUGGGCCUUUGGAGUUUUUUUGUACGAGUUGGUGGCCGGCCGUUCGCCGUUCGUCCACCAUGAUAUGGAGAGGCUAUUUAGGUGCAUCGUGAAAGGCAAAUACGUGUGCCCGUUGGGAUUUUCGGGUGAUCUGAUGAACUUGUUGCGAAACUUACUCAGGGUCGACGUUACCAAGCGUUAUGGCAACUUGUCAAACGGCAUCCGUGACAUUAAGAAGCACAGGUGGUUCCAACCGACUGGCUGGGACUGGUGUGCAUUGUUCGAUAAACAGAUAAUGCCGCCAUACGUGCCAACCAUACAAAAUGAUAAAGACACUAGCAACUUUAACAAACUAAACGAAAAGUUGUUACUUCCCACCAGUAAUAACUUGUACUUAGACGAAUUCAAACAUUUUUAA